AACAGACAUUUUUAUAACAGUAUAAAUGUCUUAGUUGUUACUUUGAUUUAUUCAAUGCAUCCUUCAUUUAUAAAAAAAAUCUUACUGACCCCAAAUUAUCAAAGGAUAUUAUAUGUAGUAAAUUGUCCGCCCAGGGAGCAUUAGAUAAUGACACAAAAAAAAAAAUAUCAGUUUUAGGCUCUUGGGUUCUCUCUUUCUCCCUUUCUUACACAGUCUGGUGUCAGUGUUUUGGACUUGAUCAAGUAGGAAGAGUCCAAGAAAAGGGCAGGAGCUGAGAGAGGCUCGCCUCACACACCCUCUACUCUCCCCAAAACUUCACACUGUCCUGCAGCACACAUGCUCACAAACAUUCACAGACCUCAGUCUCCUCUCUUGCACUAAACAUGCUCUGUUGGGAACUGUGUUUAGCCCUACUGAUCACCGGCUUCCCAGUGUGGGCUCUGCCUUCAACAAACAUCAAGAUCACACAAGCACUGCCCCUGCAGCUGUCAGACUCAAACCAGCCUGUGGCAUGUCCGCUCUUCUGGACUGAAUUCGAGGGUUACUGUUACCGCUUCUUCCCCUUGAACCGCACCUGGGCUGAGGCAGAUCUGUACUGCGCUGAGUUCUCAAACGGACACAAAUCUGCCAAACUCACCUCCAUCCACAGCUGGGAGGAAAAUGUGUUUGUCUACGAUCUCGUGAACAGCCGUGUACCAGGAAUUCCAACAGAUAUUUGGAUUGGCCUUCACGAUAGAAGACAGGAGGGCACUAUGGAGUGGACAGACGGGUCACCCUAUGAAUACAGUUACUGGGAUGGAAAUCAACCAGAUGAUGGCAUCCAUCGCAUCCCUCAGGAGGAGGACUGUGUGGAGAUCUGGUACAGACAAAACAGUGCACUGAGGUCUUGGAAUGACAACAAUUGUGAUAAGGCUUUUCCAUUCGUCUGUAAGAUUCCCACACUGGAAAACUAACCUCAGAGCUAAGAUUGUGUAUCCAGUUCUUUAUCAUCAACACUGACACCCAACAUCACUCAAUCACAGCAUAGCAACAGAUGUCUGCUUAUCUCCAUCUCUCUCCAGCCUGACAUGGGCACUUCAUUUGCAUUUCUCUCCCCUUCACCCCCACCGUCCUCCUA